AUUGACAAAGAGGAGGUGAAAGGGGAAAGUUCCAAUUGUAUUGGCGGAAAAAAUACUCUCUUCCUAAGUUUCUAACAACGUUAGAAGCUUAACUUGCAUCGAAGGGGAUAGAAACGAAGAAACAGAAGGCGAAGAAGAAGGAAUUAGGAGAUUGGAAAAUUUGCAAUCUAAUCAUGGAAAGUGAUGUCCCUGAUUGGAAUGUUUGGAACAGAAAUAGAAACGUGGAAUAGCAGAGGGAGAAAAAUCUGCUGAAAUUUCUGAAACUGACAGUUGUUUGUUCUUCGUCGGUUGUGGAUUGCGGUCUCAAUUUCGAGCUGGCUGAAAUUCAGGCUGCAAGCAAACACACACUGAGGAACGACCCCUUUCUCCUUUUCUGACUGUGAGUGAGCGCGGAAAUGAAAGUUUAUCCGGGGGAAGAAAAUGUAUUUGAGGUAUGUUUGGUGGUUCCAAAAAGGAAAACGAAGAAAGAAGAUGCCACUUGUGACUGUGUGGAGAUGCUCGAAAAUGCGUUUCUGAAGGUGGGUUUUAUUGUUGAGAGACUUGAUGGCGUCACUGACGAGUUCAUGAAGUUGGCAGCUCCUCUGGAGAUAUUAGGAAAGGCUGCUGCACGCUUAGAAAUGAAGAAGAGGACUCAUAUUGGUAUGGAUUUGCUUUUUGAAUUGGACGAGGUUGAUGCUUUUGUUAGACAGCCUGAUGGUUCACUCUUCAGUUGGUGUGAGCGGUUUCGUUGCUAUCAUCACUUGAUAUAUGGGAUUGUGAAUGAGAACCAGUCAGCUGUAACUCUUAAAUGCGAUGAAGAAGAAUUUCAGUGGAAGGUUGGGGAGAGUUUAGUCCGUACAUUGGAAUCCAAGAAAAUUGUUAAACAAAUAUUUCCUCUGCAUGAUGAAAUAAGGAGGAAGAAGCUCCUUGGAAAUUGGGCACUUAACUGGUGGGACUUCACGGGCCAGCCUAUUGAUGAGGUUUAUUCAUAUUUUGGUGCAAAGAUUGCACUCUACUUUGCAUUCCUUGGAAUGUAUACACGAUGGAUGCUAUUCCCAGCUGCACUUGGGCUUAUACUGCAGUUAGUUGAAUUCGGGUCCAUGCGAUUACUGGUCCUCCCCAUUUUCUUUAUAAGCAUUGUUUUAUGGGCUAUCAUGUUUUCCCAAUUCUGGAGAAGGAAAAACUCUGCUCUUAUUGCCAGAUGGCAGAUCAAUUAUACAUUUGGAGGUGAUCCAGGUUAUAGACUUUCAGGCGUGGAUGGCUCGCUACAGAUACCUGUAGAGCUCAUAAAAAACCAGGAAAUGGAUAAAAGAAAAGAGAAGGAAGUGUUUCAAAGAAUUGAGUGGUUUGGUCGCCUUAGGCGAUUCAGAAAUGAUGCAAUUGUCAUCUUGAGCAUUAUAUGCCUCCAAUUGCCGUUUGAGUUGGCAUAUGCUCAUUGUUAUGAGGUUAUUCAGUCGGAUGCUAUCAAGUUUGGGUUGACUGUCUUGUACCUUUUUGCGAUUCAAUACUUCACACGGUUGGGAGCUAAGAUGUCCAUGAAGCUCAUUAACUGUGAAAACUAUGAAAACAAUGAAAAAAGGGCUGAUAGUUUAGUCUACAAGAUUUUUGGACUUUAUUUUAUGCAAUCCUAUAUUGGAGUCUUCUAUCAUGCCCUUUUGCACCGUAACUUUACCACACUUCGUCAAGUUUUAAUACAACGCCUCCUUAUAUCUGAGGUGUUGGAAAACUUGUUGGAAAACUCUUUACCCUAUCUCAAGUACAGCUAUAGAAAAUACAAAGUUCGGAGCAAGAAAAGACGUGAAAAAGGAUCAUCUCAAGGGAAGAUCCAGUUCACUUCUCGAGCAGAGAAAGAAUACCUGAAACCUUCUUAUUCUGCGAGCAUUGGUGUUGAGCUAGAAGAUGGCCUCUUUGAUGAUUGUUUGGAGUUAGCACUGCAGUUCGGAAUGAUAAUGAUGUUUGCUUGUGCUUUCCCUCUUGCAUUUGCAUUUGCUGCGUUGAAUAACAUCACAGAAAUAAGAACAGAUGCUCUGAAACUGCUAGCUAUGUACAAAAGGCCCUUUCCCCGUGCAGCAACGACAAUUGGUGCUUGGCUCAACAUUUUUCAGUUUCUGAUAGUGAUGUCCAUAUGCACCAACUGCGCCCUUCUAGUAUGGUUAUAUGAUCAGGAAGGGAAAUGGAAGAUUGAACCUGGACUUGCAGCCAUCCUAGUUAUGGAACAUGUUCUCCUACUGCUUAAGUUUGGCUUCUCUCGUUUAGUGCCUGAGGAACCUGCAUGGGUAAAAGCCAAUCGUGUGAAGAAUGCCACGCAGGCACAGGACAUUUGUUCAAAACAAUUGUUAAGAACCAUAUCAGGUGGAGAAAAAGCUCUAAACUAUGUAAAGAAAACUGAGUAGAAAGAGGAAGGUAUUGAUAAAGCACAUUAUCUUCCCGCUUCCAUCCUUUGCUAUAGAGCAUAUAGAAUUAUAGAUGAAUGUCAUACUUAUUUUACACGAGGUGUUCUUUUUUUUUUUUUGUGUGUGUGUGUGUGUUAUAGAUGUAUUUUCUCCACCACCUUCUUGUGUUUCUUUUUCUUUAUUUUUUUUUUUGGUGGUUUCCUUGUUUGGGACAUUCACACGUACUGGUGGAUAAUUCUUUUGGGUUUGAUUUUCUAACCCAUUUGACCAUUUCCUCUUUUAAUGAUGAAGGGAGGAAAAGAAUAGAGAGAGAGAUCAUUCAUUGCA